GAAGAAAGCAAGCCAAGCUGGGAACCACCCAAACCAGGAGGUAAUUUAUAAUUCACUAACUCCCGGUAUAGGUGGUUUCCAGCCUGGCUUAGAAUCAAGUUAGUUCUUGGGGAAGUUUUCGAUCCAAAAUAUUGAGUGGGAUUGAAAAGCUUGGGUACUUACGAUAGUACGAUAAGACAACAUUGCAGCCGAUCGGUACCAAAGCGGACCAAAGGACAGACCACCUAGUUUCUUGCAGCGACGUUAAUACUAAAAAUGCUUCACCAACGUUAAUACGAAGAUCUACAUCAGCAGUGGUUAGCAGUACGCAGUCUAAAUUUCAUGUUAGAUAACAACUAAAAACAAUUAACGAGCCUAGUUAUUACUAUACAUACCGCAAGGAAUAAUGGCUUUUAUUACAAAGUUCUUUAUGUGUACGGCGUCUCACUAAUUCAAGAUAGAUACGCAGGAUAAUCAGACGCUAGUGAAGGAAAAUGCAACACAAGGCCAGCCCUGAGUUCUUCGAAACCCGGAUACCUUAAACCUGCUGUCAGUGUAAAGAUUUGUUAUUAGAAUCGCCAUUUAGCCUUACUAAUCAUGUAUGUUUUUAUUUAAUGCUGUUUUGUUUCUCUAUUUGCGGUACAGCUAAAUUCGCCUGGAGGAAAAAAGGCAAGCUCGGAGCCACCUAUAUGUGUAUCACUAUAAACACUCAGUUGCGCGCGCAAAUUUGUCAACGUACAUUUGAAAUUUAACUGUGACAUACGCGCGCAUCUGUACUCCUAACUGUGUUCACCAAACUCUGUGAAACACAGUUAAAAUAGCCUGAAGUAAUCCUUUCCAUUUGUUAAAUUGGUUGUAAAUCUCGGUGACAUUCAUAAACUUUUGCCUUAACAAUGAAAAGAAGACGAGAGAGCGCGCGCGCAUUUUUGGAGUAUGCCAUACAUGGUAAUUCGAAGCCUUUAUGACGUCGAGUAAUUCGUGAGUGUAGUAACUCGACUGAGCCUUUUUGUACGACUAAGUUGUGUUUAUAUUUGGAGUCGUAAUUUGCGAUUUUUGAGGAUAUAAGUUUCACCCAAAACGGGAACAAUGGCUUCUAUAAGUGAAGGUAUAAGUAGCUAUAAUAUUUUAUCCGUUGUUCUCGAAUUAUACAAUUUUGGUCGAUAAACUCUUUCAUAAUCUUUUCUGUAAGUCUUGAUAGCAAUAAUGAUUUUUUUCAUUUACUAACAUUUGUUUUUCUUUCCACAGCUUUUCAUGUUCAACCUGGAGAGGUUCAUCCAUACUGGGAGCCACCUCCUUUACCAAAAGGUACUUUUUUUCGUUGGCUAAAAAAGUAUAUUUCUCUCAGCGAAUCCCAAGUUUUUGUGCGAAUUUGCUGGUCUAAAACUUGCUGGUCUAAACAUUUCUUACAAGAAAAUUAUGAAUAGAGGAAAUAAAUAGUAAGAGCCUUAAAUCAUAUUUGGUGGUUGUUUUCGUCUUUUUAAAAUUGUUUUCAUUCCUUGGAUUUGAGGAAUCAAAAAUAAAUUCAUUUCCCGUAACAGCCUCGAGGUUGCAACGUUUUAAAAAUUAUGAAUAGAGGAAAACAAAUUCAAAGAUAAGAGUUUCCUUCUGGAAAAAUUGAAUUUUCAUGGUUGUUCCUAAAAUGUUGAACUGAUUUUUUCUGCCAGUUUGUUUUUCUUGUCACGCUUUUCAAAAUGGAUUUCAAAACCAUUGACAGAUUUCAGAAUCUGGGAAAUGAAAGUCUAUCAAAGUCCUCGAAGUUUGGGUCGAAGGAAUAAUUCGUAUGCAAGAUAUCCGAAAAUGUUUUAAAAUUUAAAUUCUUUUUGUUGCCUUCUUGUCAUCCGGAUGAGCUCAUUUUUCAAACCAACAGAAAAUCUGUUACAAAUUUUGCAAAAGUAAAUUUAACCUAGAGGAACUCAUAAACAUUAAAGUAAUACUUUUUCUAAAAAACUGUUUGAAAAAAUUGAAAAAAGUUUCAUUGACACUCUUUGACCGUUCCGUCAAAAAAAAGUUGAAAAUGAUUUUAUUCUGCCACGAACCCUUUUGAGUUUGUUUGAAAAUUUUUUUGAGCCUCAAUACUUUGAAAGUAAAAUCUCAAUAGGAUCGAUAGUUUUGUAGUUUGAAUUUUUGUGACGUCAUGUGAAAACCAACAAUAUUUAAGUGUAAAUUUUUCCCCACAUCUUUUACGUGUAGGUGAUCAGGACGGUAAAGAGUUAAGCUCUAGUCAUUAUAACUUAUUAACUAUAUGAAUUUUUUUGCCACAGCUCUCCAGGAAAAGAUUGAUAAAAAGAAUCUUGUUAAGAAGCCGGAUUAUAAAGAAGGUAGUUUGAAGCAAGUUAUUGUUCUCUUCGUUUUUUCAAAGGGAUUCUCGAUCUAGCGAUUAAUCUUGAUUUGUACUGCAUCAUCAAUUAAUCUGAUUGCACUCUUCCCCACAAAGCUGUUCAGCGAGUUAGGCUUGGCAAAAUCCGAAAUUACAACGUUCUUUUUCAAAGUAUUUUCUUUUUUGUGGGGAGGGGAGUGUUGUUGCUUUCGACUUAAAUUUGCCGCCUUAAAUAAUUCAGAGAAUCCUAACGAUCGAACAAGUCAACCAUAAGAUAUAUUUCCUACUAAUCAUGCCGGCUUGUUUCUCGAUUUCUUCCGUAGAUUCUGAGCUUAACAUUUAUGCUCAAAUAACUCGACAACGGACCGACCUUAUUAGACCAAAAGGUACUUACUGUCGACUACCUUGUAAUCCUUUGAUGCGCAUAGAUUUUUUUAAUAUAUAUUUUCUUCGAGUUUUGUUUCAGUAGCACUACCUUAUUGGUCUUAAAAUUUCAGCAUUUGACCAUAAAAUAUACUAUAAACUCUAGCUGAAGCUUAUAUGAGAGUAACCAAACACAUUACAAAUGAAUCGGUAACCGUAACGUUAUCAGUCCAUACUAAUCACAUUAUUAACAAGUAAGACCUGUGAUCGCCAGGCCGUUUUAUCUGCAACUUUUCGAUUGUUUUUUAUCAGUUACAAUUUUACCUAAAAUAUUUCCAAUGAUCCGUUAGAUCUAGUAUAGUAUUUGACCACCACUGCAUGUUCUCACUCUUGGUUAAUUGAUAUUUGUAUAACGGCAUAUAUAUUUUUUCUACAGCUAUAAGGCUUAAACCCGGCGAUAAAAAUCCGUUGCUAUGGGAAACGAACGGCGUUAAACCGCCAGGUAACGUGUCCUGAGUUUCUUCUGAAGCUGUUUUUUAAUUUACUUUUCCCCUUCACUUGUUUUCUUGUAAAAAAAUAUUUCUCAUUGGAAAAUAUUAUUUACCUUAAGGCGUUUUGGUUUUAUAUUCAGUUAAUCGGAUUGAAAAUGAUGGAAGAGAUCCUUACUGGAACCCGCAAGCAGAAAUCCCGUUCGGUUACUAUGGCGUUCAGGUAAUUGAUUAUUUGUAAAGCGAAAACCCUGUCCGUCAACAAUGAAGUCUGUUCCCAGGGUUCUCUCCUCUUCCUUAGAACAGUGGGGCCGAGCUUGGUUGGUAGAAAGUAAGUUGGGAUAGCCUUUUAAAUUUUGUUCCUUGCUCUGAGCUAAGGAAAGCCAUUUCUUGGAUCUUGAAUAUUUUAUUAUUCUCUCAGUUAGUAGAUAGAGUCAAAGUGGUCUUUUUGUAAGCAAAAUCAAGGAAAUCCGGCAUACUGAAAUUUGACUGCAAACUUAGUUCAAAGGCAAAAGACCUUUCACUCCCUGCAAAAUUAUCAAACUUAUUAUUUUAAGAAGACAUAAACUGAGACUAUUAAAUGGCUGACAGUAGGGUUUAUAAAAGUUAAAAUAUUUUUUUUUCCAGCCCGUUCCCGUUCAGUACCAACAGUUCCCGUAUAAUCCUGCAGUUCAGCAAGGUUGGGCUGGCGGAAUUCAACUGCAGCCAGGUCAUGCCCCAUUUAUGUAAGUUUUUACUUUUUACGCACCUAUCCAUAAGCCUGGCCUUUUAUGCAAAAAUGACCUCCACGUUCUUCUGUUGUCAGGUAAACAUUCAUGGUAAAUCUAUGGUAUUGGCUCAGACAGAAACAAAUUGUUCACAUAAAUAAUGUUAUCAUCAGUUUUCAUGUUAGCUCCAUAUUAUUUUGUCACACAGGCAACCAUACUGGACUACGACUACAGCACAACAACAAUAUGCAGCUCAACAGCAAUUUGCCGCAAUGCAAGCUCAGCAAUAUGCAACACAGCAGCAGCAAGUUGCGGCACAACAGCAGCAAGUUGCGACAGAACAACAGAACGAUGCAACUCCGCAUCGGAAAGUUGCCACAAAACAUCAGCAAGGUCCGAAACAACAGCAAGAUGAGGAAAAGAAACAAGAAGAAAAGACCUGCACCACCAAGACUAUUGAAAAACGUCUCGAGUAGGUUUUAGUUUGUAGGUGACAAUUGCUGCUAGCGAAUUUAUUUGUCUUAUCGUUAGCGGCGUUUAUAACUGCUUGAAGUGUCAAUGGAGUUACAUGUAUAUAUUUUACCUGAACGUGGCAAAGAUAGCUGGCACAGCAUUUUUAUCAAACAAAUAUCUCAGUUCUUUUAAUCAUUUGUGCAAUACUUGAUAAGCACAAGUUUGAUUGUAGGCUCCAUUUCUGGCUAUUUAAGAGGGCUUCAAAGCAAUUUCUACUUUAGCAUGCGUGGGAUGACACCAAACGCGUGCCCAAAAACGCUACCAAUCUCGUCACCAAUGCUCUCGGAUCUUACGGCUCCCUAGCUUGUACAAAGACCCUCUAUUUUCUCUUCAAAGUCCGUCGAGCGCGGGAGAUAAAAUAUAAACCGCAGGGGAUUUAUUGACCGCCAGGGAGCAAGGGGGUAGUGAUGUUUCUUUCUCGCGCUCCGCGCUCGUUCUCUCGCGUUCGCCGAUGUUUUUGAGAAGAACGAAAAGAAAAAUAAAACAACGUCUGUGUACAGGCUAACGGCUGCCAAUGAGGUUAAGAUUGAUCUUGAGACGGUAGAUAGAGGGUCCCCAUAGUAGAGUGUUUUCACUCACGUGGUCAGCAUCUAUGGAAAUUUAUUGAAACAAAAGAAGGCGUUUGCAUAAGAAAGGAAUUCAAUUCUCAACAUGGCCUCCGUUUCUUUGUUUUGGGACACCAACAUGGCCGCCGUGACGUCAUCAUUGUGAAAACACUCUAUAGGUUUUUCGGGAUCCGAUAGUUCACUUAUUUGAAGCUCGGGAUUCGAGAUUUUGAAGCACAAUCGGACAAGAUUCGGGAUUUUAAGUAUGCACGUGAGUUAGAAUGCCCAAAUGACACGCGGGAUUAUGGGAUUAAAGAACCCUACUGGGGACUUUCGUAUAUAAUCAAGGCUAAAGUAUUUGCUCUAUUUUUUACCCAGAGACAUGAAACAAACUCUGGAUAAAGAAAGAGAGGAAUUCUCCUUGAAAUUGAAACGACAAUCAAGAAGAGUCAGUGAUCUUGAAAUCAAAGACAAACAACAACAAAAUGAGGUAAGAUAGGAGUCAAGGGCAUUUGUUGAUAGAUAGAGAACCAACCAUAGUCUUGUGACGGGCUCCUUGAGAGAAGUAGAUGAUAUUGCUGUUUUAUUUCAAUUAUGUGAUAAACUAAGGGAUUUUUAACCAUAUUCAUCUAAAGCUCCUGUGGAGUUACGAAGAAGAUAUCAAACAAACAGACAAAAAAACUUCUGUUUGCAGGUUGAACUAUAUUUUCUUCUUUUACUGUAACUAAUAUAGACUUGAAAAAGAAGCCAAAAUUAAUAGGUAAUCAGUUUCUCCUCAAUGGGAAAACCUUGAGUAAGCAACAGGCAGAAAACAGUGCUCGGAAAUACUUGUUUGCCGUUUGUUAUGACUUUUCAUGUACAAGGAUAAUAAUUAGUUCAGUAAUAACUAGAUAUAUUUCGUAUACAAUUUACGCAGAUCAAGGAACAGACAAAAGCAAGAGAGAUUGCGGAGGACAUGUAAGAACAUUUUUAAUGCCGUAGACUAUUUCGAUUCAGGGGUCAGGGGCGGACCGUGGAUCCAGGAAUUUUUAAUUGGGAAAGGGGGGGGGGAGGGUUGGUUCAGAAAGGCCCGUUGAACUUUUUUGUGGCAAAUUACUUCUCACACAGACGACCACGUGUUUCUCAAUCUGUGAACGCCGGUCGCCAUUGGCGCUGCAAGUACUGCUUUGCGAGCAGAAGCGCACAGAUGAUAGGAGGGUAGACAAAAACAACUACAUUUUUAAAUCCCUGUGGUUAUGGCGCGUUUAUAAAAAAACGGUGAUAUACGAUUCUGUCGAUGAAGAAUUGCAGGUCUAAAAAAGCGUCAGGUCUGAUGGGGGGGGGGGUCCGACCCCCAAGGCCCUCCCCCUGGAUCCGCCACUGGUGGUGGAAAAUAUUUAAUGUAUGAUCAUGUCCAAGAAUCUCCAUGCUGACUUCAGGGAUACUUUUAUUUUCGUUGUAAAUUCAAGGUGGAAGAAAAUUGAGGAGGAGAAGAAUGCCUUGGAUGCCAUGAAGCAAUCAUUGGAGAAGGAAGGCGGCAAGAUAAACCGGGUUCUCUUGGUAUGACUUUUUUCUUAUUCCUGAAAACGUUAACAAAUUUGUAGUCUCCCUUGCAGCCGUUUUUACUGUCGUGACGCAUGACGCUCCUCCCCCUCAAACGACUACUAGCUAUGAGGCAUCGAUUGAUUAUACGAAAGUUUCAAGCUAACUUAAAGUUUAUUCAUUUCUUAGAAAACAGAACGUGACCUUUCAAAAGCACAGGAGAGGAUCCUUAAUUUGGAAGCUGAUAAUGAAGCACAAAGAAGAAAGCUCGAGAAAUUCACAGAUGAAUUAUCUCAGGAAUUUUCCGCACUUCGCGCCACUUAUAACGAGGUAAGUGGAAUUUAAUAUAUAAACUAUGUAAAAUUAUUUAUAGGAACUCUCCCCUUAAAAAAAGAGACGUUAGCUAUCCCCACUUCCCUAUACUACAUGGUAUGCAUAAAUAAAAGCAUGAGUUAAGAUUUAACUUUAACCCGGGGACACCUCUCCAGAACACACGCCUAAAAGGCACCAAAAGUUUGUAAAGGACAGCUCUUGUAUUUAUUGGCUUACACUGUAUACAUGUCUUUCUGAUUUUGUGUCUUUUGUUUUCUCUCUGCGAUGCAAAGUUGCAAGAAAGACUGCGAGUUGAAGAACGGUAAGUGCUUUAUCUCUUUUGCUUUUAGAAAUUGUAACAACUGAACAAAUCUGAACAAAUUGAACAAAUUUUCAGAAUUACCUUCAUUUUCUGUUGUGAAGCUGCAAUGAAGGCUUUUAUGAAACGACAUAGAAAGAGGCCAAUAAAAGUAUUUAAAGAAAAAAAGGGAAAAAAUAGCAAAAUCGAUUUCAGGAAAAACUAAAAAUGUGUUGCAUUCUACAGGGAUCUAAAAGUAGGUGACAAGGACCCGGGGAACAUCUUUGAUCUUGAGUAAAUUACAACUCACAUCCCAUGUAGUUUAUUGGUUUUUACAGUAGAUAGAUAACUACUCCCAGUUGGUACCUAAGCUUUAGCAAAGGCACCACAAUAACUGAUUAUUUCUUUAAAUUGUUUUAUUUUAGCACCACUUCACAGACCAUACAUGGACUGAAAGAUGAGGUACCUUGUCUGUAGCUUGAACACACUGAAUAUUGCUUUUUUUUAAACAAAAAAUUGACAUGUUUUAUAGGACAAGCUAAAAUCAACAGAUAUAGUUUUUCUUCUUUGAACUGGUUUCUAUCUUUUUUGCAGAAGUUAUUUUUGUAGUACUUGUCAACAAAUUACUAUAGGGUACUCCACAAUGAAAAGAACGAGUUUUGAAAGCAUACAUUAGCAUACAUUAGCAUAGUCAUUGCAGAAGAAUUUGGAACUGCGGUAGGAUUAGCUCAGCCGGUAAAGCGCUUGUUUGCAGAGCGAAAUGUUGCCGAUACCCGACCAAUACUCAGGGUUGUAAAUUAGCUGAGAAAUGAAGGCUGUAACUUCGCAUGGUUUGGACAACCACGGCGGCGGUUCCGUCUCAGUAGUAGACCUAAAUAGUUGUCCCAGUUAGUACUUUCGUGCUAAAUACAUUUACACUCCUGUAACGCGCAUUUUUAUUGUUAUUCUUUUCGUCUUUAGUAUGAAAUGCUAACGAAAGUUUUUCAAACUUGCAGGUCGCUUAUUUUAAAUCGUCUUACCAGAAAACCACCGAAGAGUAAGUAAGACAUUAUUAGGUAGAAUAAAUCCUCAAAGUUUCUUUUUCGGCAUAACACGGGCAAUUUGGCGCAAGAAACUUGCCUGCAUGCGGAAAGUUUUUCGUUCUUAAAGAUGAGUUCAAAUUUCUCGACAAUGCAAGUUUGUAAUAACAACGAUCCGUUUAUAUAGUUUUGACGGUUGUUUUCGAUACUACACUGACUCUUCUCAGAAUUACAGACUAAUGAUAUAUUGCUUCGUCCGCGUUAAGCCUUGAUUUAUGUGGAGUCAGGAGUUCUUGGCAUUGCUUUUAAUCUCGUUGGUCGCGAAGCUGACCAAAAGCAUCGAAGCUUUGAGAACGAAAAUGCAACAAUCAUAUAAACAAUAAAGAUAUGAUAAUAGUAUAUCUAGCAGGCUUUACGAGGUUAAUUCGAGGUUUAUAUAUGUACAUGGCACUCUAUUUUACUGUCAUUUGACCAUCGCGUACUUAUUGUAUUUAUGGUAACAUUUUGUGACGAUUCUUUUGUAACGGUUUUCAUCCAAAAUGAAGAAGACCCACUGUUGUACACGGUCGAAAAAAAGUUGUUCUGAAGAAUUGCUAUCAUUUGUAUAACAUACGUGAUGCACGUUCUGUCUUUCUAAAUAGUAUUUUAUAAUAAAUAACAAUAUGUUGUUUGUAUUUUAUUUCAGUUUAGGCAUUGCUAAUCAAGAGCAACGUUCCUUGGCCCAGCGGUGUGAGUUGUGGAAGAAAAGCUCUCACGAAAAGGAUUUGGUUUGUGAACGUGCAGAGAAAGACAAAGCUGUUCUGUCUGAGAAGAUUCAGGUGAGAAGAAUAAUAACUACUUGAUUUUUUAAGUGGAAAAGUAUAGGUUUCAUUUAUGACUGUAAGUACAUCCCUCGAAAGACUGGAAGCUAGUCAGAUUGGUUUGCUCAACUCAGUCGAAAGGCCUGGCUUCUAAGGCCUCUAAAAAUUUUUACGAGUUGACCACACAUAGAUAUACCAUUUGAAAUCUACGUUAACGAAGUUCUGGCAAUCUUUGAUGCGACAGCUUUUCUUUGAAUUGUCAGAGAUGAAGGAUAAAAAGUACCCGAACAAAGUAUGAAUAGACUUAGUCAGAUGCCGUGACAAUAUUUGGUUAGAAGGACAAAGGUCAAAAGAAAAUGCUAUUUUAUUAUCGUAAAAGGAUAUUUGACCAAUCAGAGCGCGCUUUACCUAAUAUUGAAAUUAAUUGAUACUUAUUAUUAAUUUUUCACACUUAAAUAGUGAAUUCAAAAAAACAAAAAAACAACAACAAUGUUGUAAGUUUUCCUGUUCUUUUUUUGAUGGCAUUGUGAAUGUUUGUAUGUUAUUUGUGUUCUUUUUGUGGUUGUAAUAUAAAAAUGUAGUGUACAUAGCCGUCGAAAUUUGUUUGGAUACUUUGUGUUUUGUAGUGUUUUUAAAUUUAUUUGUUACGUUUUUAUUUGUAUUCGCUAUUUGAGUAUGAAAAAUUAAUAAUUUAAGAUGUGAAAAUAAUUGAAACUUACUUCUUCUUCGCAUAGAGGGUACCAGUGAUGUACAAACGGAGGAUGACCUCUCCAUGAAAUAGAGAACAUUUUUUAAAAAAGUUUAUUUUUGACACGAACCUCGAUUGUGAUCCUAACUUAAUCCCUUCUCUUUUGUUUUAUACUUUAGUCUGAGAAGGCAGCAAAGAUUGAACUGCAAGAGUAAGUAACUCCCUUGUCAUCCUUGGCCGCGAUCAAAUACGGUCUACAGCAACUUCAGAAAUUUUUUAGUUUAGACCUAUGGUCUGAGCUAAGAGUGGAUGUUUUAAACGAAAGUCAUUGCCUUUAGUCCAAGUUACUUCCAGGAUGAAAACAGGCAACUUCUGGCUUUUUCUUAAACUUUUUGUGCAAUUAGGUCCGUUUCACGAUGAUAAUUUCAAAAGUGGCAGAACAACCUACUUGUUAUUAAGCCAAAAAGUAAAAAUGACGAUUCUAGUAUUUCUAGCACUCGAUAAAAAGACUUGUCGGAGUCGUAAUUACAAAGGCAAAGGUUUAUGAUCUUUAGUGAAGCCAGCGUCUCGAUCAAUUUACAACGCUGUCGAUCAUAAUACAGUUGAAGUCAGUUUGUCGGAUUGGUAAUCAAAGGCGGAAGAGCUAAAUCAAUCACAAUAUAUGGUAAUUAAUGGUAACCAAUAUUUUGCAUGUAUUGACUGAUUUAUUCUUCCGCUAGCUGAAAAAUGAUGACAUAAAGGGACGGAAAAGGUAGAAGUUUUGAUUUUUAUAAAGAAAUUGGCUUAUAUUUUCGCUAACAUAAACUGUCCGAAAUUCCGAAAUAGUUCCAUGUAUUUUAUUCGUACUUGAAAUUAAACGCCAUUGCUACACAGACCCCACAGGUCUGUAAGUUUGACCUUUAGGGGUCUGGAUGCGAGAUGUUUCAAGACGAGUCCAAGGCUAAGGGUAACAUGUAGGUGGGCAUAUUAUUUAUUUAUUUUUUCACUGUUUAACCUCUGUCGUUUUCAGAAAUAACGAGACCCUCAGGGUAGAAUUAGCUGCAUCCAAGAAGCAAAACGUUCUGCUUAUGCAAGAAGUGGAACUUCUCAAAGAACAGGUGGGUAAAUAAAAAAUUGGAAUUUGUCUUUAAUUGUUUUUUCGAAAGAUUUUUUUCUGGAGAAUUUCCCCAGUUUAACAUUAUCUUAUGAUGUAUGGGUUGAAUUGAGCCAAAAAAAAAAAAUCACUUUUACAGACAUAGUACGAUACGUUUAAAAAUUAUUGAUUAAAGUUGUUCUCUCCUUUUCAGAAUUACAAUCUGCGAUACUAUGGUGGAGUAAUUGGAAAAUUCCGAAGAAUGAAACGCUUCAUCGUAAAUACUUUUCGACGAUUUUCAUCAUAA